AUGAACGGAGGCAUCCAGGGCCAGCAGUACCUGCGGCACAAUACCUCGGCAGGAGGUGCUGACGGAGCAUCUGGGAACGGUGCUGGAUCUACCAGCAGUCUGGACCAGCGCCUUCACAAUCAAAAUAUCAUGAAUCAGGGAAUACCUGUGAAUCCAGACCAGUCACCACAGAAUAACUAUGUGGAGGGCGGCGACGACCGCUCUGAUGUGAAAAAACAGGAUCCGACAGAUUUUUCCGCAUCUCCCAACUACUUGGACUGGGAUCACAACAUUUUGCUUGAUCUGAACCCCGACUUGCUAAGUACUUUUGAUUUCAACCCAACAGGAGAGUCUGGCUCCAUCAUGCAGAAGAUCCAGUACCAAAGCAAUGUCCACGAUCAAAAGCGAUUUCCAGAGAGUGGUUUUGCUGUGGGCCAAAGCCCAGGCCACGCUUAUACGGGCGUCAACUCUGUCAAUUCCUCCAAUGUCCAUCUGAGUCUCGGCAAUCAAGAUCAUAACGCAUCUCUUCCGAUGCACACGCAACAACAGCAACAGCAACCACAACUGGGCAUCCAGCCCCCUUCUCAAGGCACAAUCACGCAAGAUGUGAGACGCCAGCGUCGUCCAUGCGACCACUGUCGAAGGAGAAAGACCAAGUGUGUAAUUAUUCCUGGAACCAAUAACUGUGUCCAGUGUGAGUCGAAAUCGCUCACAUGCACUUAUGUUCAACAGGCAGCUAAGAAAGAUGAUCCAGAGGAGUCUGCUGCCAAGCGCGUGAAACGACCCGAAGCCACUCACUUGGAAAAUGGUGGUGGUCAGUCUCUGGAUAUUGUGCCUCCGAAUGUGCCAAUCCGGGAUGUUGCGCCAAUUCAGGACUACUCUGCCAUGAGCAACUCACUAUUGCGAAAAACCCUCUCGUUGCAGUUUCCUCGCUCGUCGUUCUAUGUGGGUCCUACGUCAUAUCUCUUUGAUAACAAUCUCCUAGAUGUGAUAAUCACUGCGCAGAACUCAAACACUGACUCAGCUCUGAGUGGUCCGGGCCGAAGGUCUGCGCUCUCAAAAAUUGAACAGGUCAAUUUGUCAGACUCCAUUUCACUCCGAAAGGUGGGUGAGAGAACCCAGUUCGUUCUCAAGGAUGACCAAUCGAAGCUGCUGUACCAGAGCAUGCUGAAUGAUGUGGACGCUAUCGAGAAAUUCGUGGCUCCUCAUGGCCAGAUCUUGAUCGAUCUCUAUUUUCGUAUUAUACACCCGCUGUAUCCUAUCCUUCACAAGAAGGUGUUUUUGGAGAAGUACAGCAGAACCCACCGUGAGUUUAGCGCUCCACUCUUAGCAGCAGUGUAUGUGCUUGCCAUCCAUUGGUGGGAUUAUGAUCCACAGCUCAACCGUUUCCCGAAACCAAAUGUCGAACACAUUUUGAGAAUUGCAUUGACCAAUUACCUCUCAGAGAUUCUCAAAAGACCUAAGUUGAGUGCGGUACAGGCUGGCUUGCUUCUUCUACAGUGUAAGCAUAUUGUAAGGGAUUUAGGAGCUAGCAUCGAGAGUCCUACGAACUCUGCUCUGGCAUCUGCACUGCUUAGCUCAUCCUUCAGUGACUCCGACUACAACGACUGGGUUCUAUGUUCGCAGGUGGUAGCUUUGUCUGAGGAACUAGGAUUGGGCCUUGAUUGUGAUCAAUGGAAACUUCCCAAGUGGGAAAGGGGCCUCCGAAAGAGACUUGCCUGGGCUGUAUACAUGGAGGAUAAGUGGCUUGCUUUGAAGAAUGCUCGCCCUUCGCAUAUCAACAGUAACAAUUGGGUGGUUCUGCUGUUGGUCGAAGAAGAUUUUCCGGAGAAACAUGGUGAUGGAGAUCUCAAGGAAGGCUCCUCAGAUAUUAAUAAUGGCAAGAAGAAUUUCAUGAAUUUGAUUAGUCUUUCAAGAACGCUCUCAGAGAUCUUGGACUCUUUCUAUUCCAUGAAAGCCAUGAAGGAAAUCACUGACAUAAAUGAUGUGUUGCGUCUAGCCAAGCCUAUGCAAUUAAACUUGAGAUCGUGGUACCACUCGCUACCCGUGGAGUUGCAAAUGAAUUCUGUACAGCCUCGCAAACUUUGCUCAAAUGGGUACCUUCAACUAGCAUAUUUUGCGGCGGAACUCACUCUUCAUCGAAAGAUCAUCACCAUCUUGCAUCAGCAGAGCAUUGAGGGUGUUAAUAUCCAUAAGGAGCUUCUAAAUGUUUGCCGAACAGCAGCUAGGACAAGGCUCUUAGCCUCAAUUGAGUUUGUUCGAGAUCUCAAACCAGAGCACAUUCAUUCAUUUUGGCAUUCCUCAUCGUCGGCUAAUUUCACAUUGAUUGGUACUUUUGCUGCCCUUUUAUUUAUCUCCUCUCCCACGAACACCGAGGCGGAUUAUUACAAAGAGCAAGUCUUCAACUAUAGAUGGAUUCUCAAAAUGUCUUCCAAAGGAUUCGUGCAAGUUGGGGAUGCAUUGCAGAAGAUGGAUCUCGUGUUAAGUCACAUACCAGGAUUGCUUAACGAAAGUGUGGAGCAGCCGAUGGUGGCGCCCAACGUGCCAACAAUCGACUACAACAAGGUUUAUCAACAGCAGUUGCAGCAAAACCAGAAGAGUGAGUUACAUAAUGUUCAGUCACAACAGCCUCAGAGAUCUGGUCUUCCCCAACAAGGGCGGCCCCAACCUCAACAAAAAUAUUCAUAUGGGGCCACUAACAAUUCACAAUUCCUCAAUAAUCGCCCUAGCCCUACUGGCUAUAAUGGCAAUACUGGAAAAGUAAUGGAACUGACCAGACCUAGCUCUGCUCAACAAUACCGUGUGGGACCUCAGAACACUCAAUCCCCAUAUGGAUCGCCUCUGUCGUUUAGCGCACAGACAUAUACCUCACAACAGGGCACCACUAGGACUACUCAUGCUACUAGCAUGAACUCACCCAAAUCCACGCAGGGAUUGUCUCCGAAAGAAGUUGUUCGGCAGUCGAAGUCGUCAUUGUCGGGGCAAUCACGAGCCAAUGAGCAGGCAGUGGAUAGGCGGUCCAGCUCAGGUAAUCACAAUUCAGAUUCAGCAUCCAACAAGGACAACCAAUCGUCGAGGGCCAGUAGUCCUUUGAUGAUGCGGUCGCCGCUUAUUAGGCAGCAACUGCAUCAGCAAUAA